UGUCUCUUCAACCAGCCACUUUUCACAGACGACAUUCCAGCAUCAAGACCCGGCAAUUACUGGCUUACACGCAUUUUCUGUUGAUUCUAUUCUUUAUUUAUGCACAAUCUCACAGACGAAGCCGCACCACGCAGGAUGCUGUCGUUUACGCCAAAGCCGGUUCCUUCUUGGGACAAUCGUCCCGCCGUCUCAUCUCCACUAUCGUCCUCGCCUGUGCGCGCCUCAUCGCCUCUCUCUCCGGCCGAGGAAGAAUCGCGGUGGCAGCCUCGCCAGGUCCAGUCGUCACCGAUCAGGCCUAACAAUUUCAAGUAUCAAUCACGGCCUGCGCGCCCGAAUCCCGUCAUGAAAAGAAGAGAGGAGCUGCAGGAGCAGAGGCGCAAGGGCUUCCUGCAGAAUGUCCGCCAAAAGGCCGAGGAUAAAUCCUGGCAAAGAAGAGACAUUGAGGGCCAAUUUCUGAAAACGAGCUGGCUAGCUAAUGUCGGCCGCUUGUCUCAUGAUGCGCCUUCAUUCUCCGAUGCCGAUAUCGAGGAUGCCGCAACCUUUGCGCCCGAAAUGGCACAGUCACAGAUGGACGAGGACAUGAUCCCGGAAGAACUCAUGGAUGAAGAGCAAUUACUUACGUCUUACGAAGAGGAAGUAAUGGCCCAGCGAGGAUCCCGGCUGCCGACGCUGGCCGAGGAUGACGAGUAUGAUGACAUAUUUGCCGAACUUAUUUCACAAGAACAAGAGCAACGACCGUUGCAGCAACAGCAACCGCAUCAACAGCAUCAAUCUUCACAGCCUUCAAAUCAAAUGGAAAUCGAUUAGACCAGCACCAUGAUUGGUUAAUAUUGGAAUGGUAUGAAAGAAGCGUCUGUCACUUGGCGAAAUAUGGAGUUUGGGACCUCGGGACUCCGGAUAAAUCUCUUCACAUCGGCGUUGGAUGGAUAUACUGGUAUAGGAUGAAAAAUGUUUGCAUAUAGGGCGCGCACUAUGGGUAUAUAUAUAAGUGUGCGUGUAUAUAUGAAUGCGCCGUGACUAGAUCUUGAAUGUUUAUUGCGGAUUGCACUGGUCUUCCGUGGCAUUGAACGCUUCUUGGGCAGAAGCCAUAUCCCCCACCAAGUCGGAUGGCGGCGAUCCCGCUGCUUGCAUCUGGAG